UAUGGCUGAUGGCAAGGAUCCUGUGAGUCAGCUCAGGGACUUGGUUGAUCUGAAGGAUCAGCUGGAAGAUAUCCAGAGACGGAUCGAGGAUGAGAUACAGACUGGGGUCCCUCCGGGAGGCAGUCUGCUUGGUUCUCCUUUUCUGAAGGGGUUUCUGGCUGGCUACAUUGUUGCUAGGCUACGCUCCUCUGCGCUGCUAGGUGUUGCUGUUGGAACGUGCACAGGAAUUUACGCAGCACAAAAUUAUGCUGUUCCCAACAUUGAAAACUCCGUCAAAGACUACAUUAACAAACUGAAAGGAGGACGCAACUAAGAAGAGAGAAGCAAACAUAAGAAGAGGUUGCCUUUACAGCCGCAUACGGGAACAGAUACUGUACCUGUCAACACUCUGGACACACCUUCCCUUUCAUUUGAAAGUGUGUCCAAAGUUUUGACUGGUACUCUAUGUAUUUGGAAAAAAGCUGUUUCAACAGCUAUUUAUUUCUUCUUCCACGUGGAUGGAUAAAUAGGAAAAUAAUCUAAAGUUGCAAGCCAACCUGUAAAGAGCUACCUGAGUGUGGAAGAUAGGUGACUAUAAUGCUUUUUUAAAAUAGACUGAGCAUAUUGAUAUGCAUGUACUAAAAAGAUAACAGAUGCAAUUACUCACUACAUAUGAGACCCCAUAUGUCCUUCCAAUUAGGUUAAUGAAUGAAAUUCAGAUAAGCUGCUGCCAUUUAAAAAAUUGUUAUAGCUUCUAUUAUUGAUUUCUUUGCCACAAUUUAUAUGCUUUGUGGGGAUUUCUUGAUACACAAGACUAACCAAUAGCCACAAUUGGGGGCCUGUUUUCUAAAGGAGGUUAAUUAGAGAAAAAUACCCCACCUCCAUUAUUACAUUAUUAUACUCUCAAUAUAGAUAGUUGAGUGUCUCCCAGAGGAAUUUUUUGCACGAUACCUCAGUGCUUUAUUAAGUUUGUCGCUUUUUUAGUGUUGAACAGGAUGCAUGUGAGAUUUAGAGAUUUAUUGUCCUCUGUGAUGUCUUCUGUUCUCUAGUGGUCAGAAAUCAAUUAUAGCAGCCAUAACACAUUUUUGCUCAAGACAGAUCAUGUAAAAACUGUCCCGAAUCACAUCUCUUGGUGCUUUUCUGAGCAAAACCUUUCCUGAUUACUUUCAUGUGGGUUUAGGUCAAUUUUCUACUUGAACCACUUUUACUUUUAAAUUGUAGUCCUCUGUAGAAUAUCACGAAAAAAAUCACGUUGGUAGACUUUGUAGAUAUCUGUCAUUUUAACAAUACUUGUAAAAUUAAUCUAAAGUUUUCCCAGGAGUAUAUUUCACUCUAUAUUCUCCCUCACACUGUUAAGAGAAAGUCCUCCAGACAUAGCAGGACAUAAUGUACGCCAAAGUGAAAUUUUAGUUUUAAGAUGUAGUUUUUAUUGCACUCAACGGUUUUAUCAAAACAGGGAAGUUCAAGUAUUAUAUGUAAUAAUGUAUUAAGAGUGCCUCCUCUGGUCUGGACUUGAUGUUUUCAUCUCAUGUCAUGUGUGCAAUAGCCUUUCCUGAUGGGAUUUGGCUGCCUAUUUUAUAUGCUGGAAACUUGUUGAUUCAUUGCACUUGUAGGAAUUUUAGAGAUUUAAAGCUGUUUGUCUUGCAACAACCAAUGAUUUUAAUUUUUGUCUCCAUAAAUAUCAAAACCUGUCAAAGAAACUCCAUCAUAUAGUGAUAUUUUACUCAUUUAAAAUAUGGUGUCUGUAUCAUAUGUUUAAUGUGUCGUAUGUACUGUAAGGUGUUUUUAAACUUGAUAAAGCAGUGCUGUUGCUGCAACAAAACAGUAGCACACCUCAGAAUAUAGCAGAUAUGCAUGAGUUUGUAUUUUAAUUUAGCUGGUCAGAUGUUUGAUUUAACUGUAUAACCUGGAAAGUAACACUCAUUUUUGUACCCCCCC